AUGAGCGGAGAGGGAAGAGGUGCAGACCUGUGUAUUGUCAUAACAGUUCUCGAUAUCGAAGAUUUCUCACUUUGGGCAUCAACAAAAAUUGUGCGCGGAAUGAAUUGGGUGGAAAUUGCUACAGCAGGCUGUCGAGUAACAGGAACGAGUAAGAGUGGAAUAGCUUCGGAUAUAUUAGCUGUUGACGGUUUAGGUUCGAUCCGUCGCCCUAAUGUAGCCAUCGGUAAGAUCAUAAAUAAGCUCGAGAUCAAGCAAAUAAAUCUUCCAACUCCAACUUUAAUUUCUCGGAUAUGGGACCUGGAAAAGGAAAUUAAAAUAAAAACGGUAAUUGACUGA